AUGCCGGGCCCUGCCAACAAAAAGCAGAAGCGACAAGACUACCGCCUAGCUCAGAAGGAAGAUGGUAUUACUAAUCUGCCCAAGAAGAAGUUUUAUCGUCAACGAGCACAUGCGAAUCCUUUCUCCGAUCACAGGCUGACAUAUCCAACUAGUCCAGAACAUAUGGACUGGUCAACAUUAUUUCCUGCAUUCAUCCCAAAUGGGCCAUCAGAACCAGCUACUGAGAUACAUGAAGAAAGCGUGGAAACGACAGUGAAGUCACUGCCAAAGAAGCUCACACAAGACAUCGAGGUCGUGGACAUAGGCUGUGGCUUUGGAGGUUUGCUUGUGGCUUUGUCGCCCGUGAUGCCAGAUACACUACUUCUCGGUAUGGAGAUCCGAUCGCAAGUGGCAGAGUUUGUGCAAGACCGAAUCAAGGCCCUCCGCCUGCAGGAGUCCAAGCAGAAGCAGUACCAGAAUAUUGGCUGUCUGCGUGCGAACACGAUGAAAUUCCUGCCAAAUUUCUUCCGUAAGAGCCAAUUAUCCAAGAUUUUCAUCUGCUUCCCGGAUCCGCAUUUCAAGCAACGGAAGCAUAAGGCUAGGAUCGUAUCUACGACGUUAGGCUCUGAGUAUGCGUAUGUUCUGAAGCUAGGCGGGAUUGCGUAUACGAUCACGGAUGUGGAGGAUUUGCAUAAGUGGAUGGUCUCACAUUUUGACGCACACCCGUCGUUUGAGAGGAUUGGGGAAGAAGAACAGGAGGCUGAUCCAUGUGUGAAGGUUAUGAGAACUGAGACUGAGGAAGGGAAGAAGGUGGAGAGGAAUAAGGGGCCGAAAUUCGUUGCUUUGUUCCGACGGGUGGAAGACCCGUCCUGGAGUAUGGCCCUUAAGGGGAGAGAUAUCAGUCUCGCUGGCGUAGCCUGCUUCAUUGCAUGGGGUUAUGCUACAAGCUGGUUUCCUGCUAUUCGAUGGAUUGGAUACGCCUUCGUCAGCGGCGCAAUUGUAACCAUUCUAGCUGGUUUACUACUACUUCUAACUUCUCGCGGCUCGGCCUAUACUCAACAACAUAGAUCUUCAAGGCCCAAUGCAGUCAGCUUCUCAAGUCCUGAAUCCUGGUAUAAAGAAGCUACCGCCCUUCGAAUUCAACAAACCUAUACCAAGACUCCGUUAUAUGCCGAAUCUCACGAUAUAUCCCGCGCUUUAGACGAUUUACUCGAGCUGAUCGUACGAGACUUUGUCAAGUCCUGGUAUUCACAUAUAAGCAAAAACCCGGUGUUCGCGAACGAGGUGGACAAGACUAUAAGACAUGCGCUGGGCAAAAUUCGUGACCGUCUAUUCCAAACCGAUCUGGUCGAAGUAGUAACGAGUAGAAUCGUCCCAAUAUUAACAGCUCAUUUUCGCGAUUUCUAUGACGCCGAGAGAGCGGUGCGCGGCCGCAAACUGAAUCGUGAUGUCACGGAAUCCGAGGAGCUGGACUUGGCUAUCGCCGCCAAAUAUAGGGAGGGAAAGCUACACCCUGCUGCCUCUCUAGCUUACUCGGAUACGAAACUGGUACAGCUAGACCACCUGCGGCAUGUUGUCGCCAAGCUCCUCCCAAGCGUACUUCCUAGCAGUUUGCUGGAUAGCCGCUCUGUGUUUAGCAUCAUCCGCGAGAUCGUUGCUUGCGCUGUCCUAUUCCCUACCUUACAGCGGCUUUCUGAACCCGAUACUUGGAACCAAAUGAUGGAAAACUAUGGACGGAGUAUGUUGCAAGACAGGUCAACAGUCCGUAAGCUUCGCGCAGCCUUGGAUGCGCAUGCUUCCCCGGCCCCCAAAAGCUCGAAGCCGGUGGCAUUCCCGCGACUCGGUCCAGGGGAUAGCGAACGACGGUUCGAAAAGUUUAUCCGUACGAUUCGUAAACUCAACAACCUGUCUGACGCGAGACGAUUUCGAAGCGAAGUGGCAAGUCAGUUAAAGAAGGAUUCCCAGCAAUCAGGACUGGAUGCAAUUUAUAUUCGUCGCUUAGAGAUGGGUAAGCGACUUCUUGACCAGAGAGUCCAGCAAUUGGCCGCCGGUGGUGACGGACGACAUGUCCCAUUAGCCCCCAAUCAGUCACCAAGUAAUGAAACCUCAAGGCUUGAGAAUGCAUCAUUGGUCGAGUUACUACGCGAUACGUCGGGCCUUUCUUACUUUAUGGAGUUCAUGGAUAGACAGGGCUUGAUGCCCCUCGUGCAGUUCUGGUUAGUUGUAGAUGGUCUACGAAAUCCAUUAGAAGACGACGGACUUGAUGAUGAGCAUGUACCCUCAAAUCUAAGCCCAUGGUCCGAAUCUGACCGCACCGAUAUCGCCCAAAUCGAUCAGGCAUACCUGUCUAAGUCGGAGCUCAAGGUUCCAACGAAUUCUCGAAGAGUUAUUCGGGACUUUUUAAAUUCAGGGGCGGCAGCUACACCAGCACAAUAUUACAAGGCACGCCGUGCCGUGCUCCGAACCCAAAGUGCUGUGCUUGAGGAUAUGCAAUCCAGGUACCUUGAUGCAUUCAAGAAAUCUGACUUAUUCUAUAAGGCUCUAGCUUCCGAAGAAGCAUCAAAGAAUAGCUCUUCGGCCUAUCAGUCCCAGGCUGGACCAGCCACUAACCCACCGCCGCUUCGCGCAUCUCAGUCGUAUGGAUUGAAACCCACUCCAAUGGCAAAGCUCAACCCAAGGUUGAAUACAUCUAACGGCUAUGUAAGACGGGGUUUGUCUACCACCGAUCUCCAUGCAGCUAGCACAAAUUCCAACCAUGGCUCAGAGCAAUUGUUAGGCCAGCGGCGGUCGCUGGAUGAGAACGCGUCUUCGCCACUGUUCGAUGAUGAUGAUCUAGAGCAUGAUCCAAUGGCAGAUUCUGUCAUUAGUCUCGACCAAGAACCCUCGAGACCUGUGCCGGACACCCAGGUUGUCCAAGCGGUGGAAGAGGCGCUCAACAAUAUUAUGGAAGACGAGCGACCGCAAACAGCAGAAGAUCUUCGGGAAUCGUUGUUUGGGAAUGAGGACGGAGCUUCAAGCAUAUUCUCGGCCCAGGACAAUCGUUCUGCCAGGGGUUCAAUGGACCAACAACGUCCAACGCAGUCUGGGUCUGGGAAGGAGGUCGAAAAGCCUAGUCUGGCAUCCCUCGGCCUCGUUAGUGCAGCAUCGAGGAUUGGCGUGUUCGUGGAUGACGAUCUCUUCGGCGAUGAAGAUAAGUUCUUAUCGGAUGAACAAGAAGAUCGCAAUCAGGAUGAAGUUGGCGACACUGAAGACGAAGUGCAUGAAGCGGCACCUGGCGACCUGGGUCUUGCAGAGGCUAUCACAGUUUUGACAAAUCAUAUUGAACGACUUGCCGCCCAAGAGGCUGUUAUAGAGUCACUGACGAAGAAGGCCGAGUUGACUAACAACACUGCGGAAUUGCGCAUUUUACGAAAGUCGAGAGCAAGCCUGCAAAGGGAACUUAGGCGAAAGGAGCUACAGAGGCAGCAGUAUGUAAUUCAGGAGAGCGACAAUAGUCUCUACGGGCGCGCAUCAAUCAAGAUCAAGGCUAUCCAAGUUGGGCGAGAGGAAGAUGGCAAAGAAUUUGCGCUGUACGUUAUAGAGGUACAGAGGGAUGCAGGUGAGAAGAUGCCGGCAGCCACUUGGAUCGUGACGCGACGAUAUAGCGAGUUCCACGACCUUCAUCAGAAACUGCGGAAUAGAUACCCGUCGGUACGAAAUCUUGACUUUCCCCGACGGAGGAUGGUCAUGAAACUUCAAAGCGACUUUCUUCGCAAACGACGUGAUGCCUUGGAACGCUACCUCAGCGAGCUACUUCUCGUCCCAGACGUGUGUCGUAGCAGGGAUCUACGAGCUUUCUUAUCGCAAAGCGUAAUUACUCCAGGGGAGGACCUGUUGAGUCGUGAAGACAAGAAGGACAUGAUUACCCGACUGUACGAUUCGGUGGCCGACGGCAUGGAGGAUAUCCUGGGGAACAUCCCUGUACUAGACCAGCUUUCGGUGGCAGGGCAGAAUCUAAUCGCGGCGGCAACAAGUCAGAUGAGCACGAUACCACUCGGUGUCAACGAGGAUGCUAUAACGAAUGCCGAAGCUGAGGCUGAAUUGAAUGCGUUUGAAAACAAGGAGCUUGAGCCUUUUAUCAAGCCGAUUUGCGAUAUCUUCCUGGAGGUGUUCGGGCUCAACCGGGGCAAUAACUGGCUCCGUGGUCGAGCUGUAGUUGUAGUGCUACACCAGAUGCUGGGAGGCACUAUCGAACGAAAAGUACGAGAUAAUUUCAAAGUACUAUUCCAAGAAGAAGCAAUUGUCAAGUAUAUUGACCUUUUGAGAAACACGCUGUGGCCGGAUGGACAGUUUAAUAGAAACAAGCAACCUAGGUCAACAUCGGAAAAGGCAAAAACUCGCAGAGAGGCAAGCUUGAUGUUAGCUACCCUUGUUCCGGACUUGGCUGGGAACGUGGUUGGACGACUAAAUGCACAAGCGGCGAGUCGCAGGAUUUUUGCCACACUCAAUAACUCGAGGUUGAAGUACUACCGUUGCCCGGUCUGUGCGGGGAUCUUGAAAAAGCAAAAUCCCUACAUACGGACUACCAAGGCCGAUGUUGAAGCUCACUUUGCGACCCAUGGCACUGGCGAAAUUACCGAGGUCAAGCUGAUGAAUGGAUUCGGCUUCAUCGAAUAUAAGGACCCUAUGGACGCGCGCGAUGUUGUUCCAGAUGGAUCUGACUUCAUGGGCGAACGCUUGACUGUGCAAUUCGCCCGAGGUUCUCGCCACCGCGAAGGCUUCGGAGGACACGAGCGCAGCGCUCCGCGCCCUCGUCGCACUCCCCAUCGCAUGCAAAUUACUGGACUUCCCAAUGAUACCAGCUGGCAGGACCUCAAAGACUUCGCUCGACAGUCCAGUUUGGAUGUCGUCUAUUCAGAGACAGGCCGCGACGGCAAUGGCCGUGGCUUUGUCGAAUUUGAAAAUGCAGCUGAUCUGAAGAGUGCCGUCGAGAAGCUUGACGGCCGCGAAUUCAAAGGGCAACGAGUCAACUGCAUCGCCGACACUCAACCAGACUUCCCGGCCCGCGACCGUGGUCGUUCUCGUUCACCUGUAGGUCGUCGACCAUAUGGUCCACCCGGCGAGGGUUAUGACCGACGCGGCCCGCCUCGUGGCUAUAGCCCUCGUGGUUAUCGCGAAGAUUACCGCGACAGAAGCGUUCCGCGUCGUGACUACUACGAUGACCGUCGCUACAGAUCCCCGCCGCGCCGUGGGCCCAUUGACGAUUACCCACCUCCUCGUGGACGUUAUGAGGACCCCUAUCGACGCGACUAUGGUCCUCCUCCGGACCCAUAUGUCAAUGGUCGUACAUACGACCGACCUCCACGAGAUUUCCCUCCACGGGAUGGAGCAUAUGGAGCUCGUGAGGGUGGUGGUUACCCUCGGGAAGACUACCGUCGAGGCGGCGGUUACUGGUAA